AUGAAUGACCUGGUUGGCCUCAUCGCAGCCACCCAGCCGGCCGAGCCCUGGGACUUUGUCGCGGACCGGCUCGCGGCACUGGCCGACGCGGGCGCCCGGGCUGUCGCCUCCGGGACCAUCGGCGGUGUGCGCACGGCGCCGUCGCUCGGGCUCUGCACGGCGCAAGAGGCGGAGGCCAUCUCUGAGCUUCUGCGCGCCCAACUACGAGAGCGCCUUCGGAAGUCUGACCAGGAGGAGUGGCUGCGGCGCCGCAAGUGGCUCGGGUUCUACGAGGGCUGGCACGCGCCGCACCUGAGCUGCGCUCGUGGCACGCUGGAGCUGCUGCCGUGGAGGUCCGGCAAGCCGACCACGGCUCUGGUGGAGCACCUCGCCAGCGGCGCGCUCGAUGGUUCAGUGAGCGCCAUCGAGCUCGGAUGCGGCACGGGCGAAAACCUUGUGUGCCUCGCCGGUGCUGCAAGGGCCGUCACCGGCGUCGACAUCGCGCCGGUCGCAGUCGUCGCAGCGCAGGAGGCCAUCACCCGCUCUCGGGUGCAAAACGCCAGAGUGCUCGAGGCGGAUCUGCUGGCUCCGCCCGAUGAGCUCCAGGGCGCAUUCGACUUCGCGUUCGACUGCCAGACUUACCAGUGCCUCCGACAGGUCAGCAUCGUCGCCGCUGGCGCUGCCGUCGCCGGGGUGCUGCGGCUGGGCGGCACGCUGCUCCUCCUCACCGGCAACGCGGACGAGCCCGAAGAGCGAGGGCCCGUCAGGCUGACGCGUCGAGAGCUCGAGGACGGCCUGGUCCCUGCGGGUCUUGAGCUCGUCUCCUGCGAUCCAUUCUUCUUCGACGAGACCGAGGCGUAUCGGGUGCAGGCCGAGGAGCGAGGUCUUGCCCGGCCCCCACGCGGAUGGCGGUCACUGUGGGUCCGCGUGCGGUAG